AUGAAUGAUCCGAGCCCACAAUCCGAGUCGCAGGCACCUUCUGGUGCAGCUCCGUCGCAGACUUCCAACGACCAGCCCGCCACGAACAGUGCGCCUGCUAGUCAAACCCCAGGCCAUCCAAGCUUCAGAAGGCAGCGCGCAUCUCGAGCGUGUGAAACAUGUCACGCCCGCAAAGUGCGAUGCGAUGCCGCAUCUCUAGGGGUCCCGUGCACAAACUGUGUUGCCUUUUCUAUUGAAUGCCGGAUUCCCAUUCCCAAGCGGAAAAGAGCCAGCGCCGUCCGAGCCAAAGAUGAGGAGAGUGAGACUGGCGACUCACAGCAGGCGGGCACGCCUACAGAACCUCGCACCUCGCGGCCGGCACAGCCAAAGCCUACUGUAGGCUACAACUCCCCUGAUGGCAUUCCCUCGACGCAGAUGUCAGAGGCGCAAGCCGCCCAACAAGCUGCGAAUAACAGCACCAUGGCACAGUUCAUGAAGCCUAAAUUCGCCCGAGCGCCCAUCAAAGAAGCCGGCCGAGUAGCAUAUCUGGGGGAAUCGUCAAACCUAUCACUGCUCGUCCAUGACCGGCAUGGUACAACAGACGUCGUUCACUACCCCUUGCCAGAGAACAUCCGAGGCGCCCGCGCUCGCCUAACAGAGCCCGACCAAAUGGAAAUAGAGAUCCUCCAGCAGAGGGGGGCGUUCCUACUUCCACCACGUGCGCUGUGUGACGAGCUCGUGGAUGCUUACUUUCGAUGGGUCGCUCCUAUUGUGCCAGUCAUCAAUCGAAGCCGGUUCAUGAAGAGAUACAAGGAUACAAAGAACCCGCCGUCUUUGCUGCUCCUGCAGGCUAUCUUGCUGGCUGGUUCCCGAGUUUGCACUAACCCGCAACUCAUGGACGCCACUGGCUCGACUACGCCCGCUGCAAUGACUUUUUACAAACGCGCAAAAGCCCUGUACGAUGCAAACUACGAAGAUGAUCGUAUUACCAUUGUCCAGGCUUUGAUUCUGAUGGGCUGGUACUGGGAGGGCCCCGAAGGUAAGGGCUCGGCGGCCACCGAAUUCUCCGACAACCCCCGGGUUAACAUUGCCGCAGAUGUGACAAAGAAUGUGUUUUACUGGACCAGAGUGGCCAUUGUAGUUGCCCAAGGAGCCGGCAUGCAUCGAAGUGUGGAAAGCUCUCAGUUAAGCAGACAAGACAAGCGACUGUGGAAGAGAGUAUGGUGGUCCCUCUUUACGAGAGAUCGAUCAGUGGCAGUGGCUCUCGGCCGACCCGUUUCAAUCAACACGGACGAUUCCGACGUAGAGAUGAUCACGGAAGAAGACUUUAUCGAAGACGAGGGAGACCCGAACAAUGACUUCCAGGCCGACCCCGUACACAUCCAGUUCUUCUUGCAAUAUGUCAAACUGUGCGAGAUCAUGGGCCUGGUGCUUUCUCAGCAAUAUUCUGUAGCUUCAAAAGCUCGGCGGACCAACGCAAUCGAUCUCACUCACAGCGACAUGGCAUUGGCAGACUGGCUACAAAACUGCCCGCGCGAAGUAUACUGGGAACGCUCCCGCCAUCAUUUCUGGUCUGCUCUCUUGCACUCCAACUACUAUACUACUCUGUGUUUGCUGCACCGAGCCCAUAUGCCUCCAGCAACCGCCAAACCCCAUGAUUAUGAGAAUGUCGACAUGGCUUAUCCUUCGAGGACGAUUGCUUUCCAGGCUGCAGGAAUGAUCACCUCAAUCAUGGAAAACCUCCUCGCCCACGACCAAGUCAAAUACACACCUGCAUUCAUUGUGUACAGUUUGUUCUCUGCCCUCAUCAUGCACGUCUACCAAAUGCGGUCUUCGGUCCCGUCAGUGGUAGCAGCAAGCCAGGAGCGCAUAAAUGUCUGCAUGAACGCCUUGAAAGAGGUUUCGAAAGUCUGGCUGGUUGCCAAAAUGGUCCACACCUUGUUCGAGUCCAUUCUCGGCAACAAAGUGCUGGAGGAGAGGCUUCAAAAGGCCACUGGGAAGAAGGCUCAAAGGGCCAAAGUCAACCAACGUGAUCAAGGGCAAAAUCAGGCCAACGGCAAUUCGAAUGGGAUCGGAAGUGCCACACCUCUCCCUGCCCCGCCGCCUAUACCGCCCACAAAUCCGGCCAAGCGCAAAUUCGACGACAUCGACCUUGCCUUUAAUGUUGGGCCACCAGCGCCUCAAAUGUCCUACGAGCGUUCCCGGCCUCAGACACCUGCCGUCACGCCUUCGCGCGAGAUACCACAGCAACAGCAACAUAACUACCUGGGGUCGCCUCCACUACAGCAUGAACAGUAUUUGCCCCCAUCUCGGUCUCGAGGGGCGUCACGUUUGCCGUCACGAGGGCCGACACGGGCCAACUCCCCAUUUAACGGGUAUUCAAUUCCUGCAACGCCGCCAGACUUGUUCCUCGUUACCCGAGACUCACCGAACAUCUCGCAACAACUGUGGGAGAACUUCCAGCCGGAUCAGCUAUUCCCAGACGGCACGAUUGGAGAUGUAGUUGGAUUCAGCACCAGCCCGAUCCUAAACCAUGCGGUAGACCCUCAACUACAGCAAAUGCAGGGACAACAAACCGCGAUGGGCGCAAGCGGGCAACCGAUGACUCAUAUGGACAUGUCAGGGCAAGGACAACAGCAACAUCAAGUAUGGCCGCCUGGAAUGCAAGGGAUGAUGGGUGCAGGCAUGGAACUGCAUGACAGUGACGGUUGGUCGACGAGUUCGCUCGGAAAUGCCCCUGUGGCGCCGACGACACUUAACGUGGAAGACUGGUUCCAGUUCUUUGGGAUCAAUGGCGAAAUGGCAGGCAUGAACAUGGACGGAACGUAG